AUGUCUUCCAACCGACUCUAUCUUGAACGGCUUCCUGAUGAUGUCAGCGAACAGCAAGUCGAGAGAUGCCUCUCAAUAUACGGACAGAUCACUCGCGUAGUGAUGCACUCUGGGUAUACAAUGGUGGAGUUUGCCUCGAAAGAGGAUGCGAUGGACGCUCUUUCGAUGUUCUUUGGACGGCAAUUCUUGGGUGCCGACGUCAAGCCAUAUGAUUUCGAGCCCCGCAAACGUAAUGAUGCAAGCAUCAGUACGGACAGGAGCAGCAUCAGCAGCGACAGUGCACCCCGCUCUCAGUCGACUUUCGUAAGGCAGAACAUAAGUGAGCAAGUUGCAAUAGUAGUCGCGAACUUGAGUCCCGAUAUAUGCUGGCAGGAACUGAAGGACUUUGGUCGGAUCGGGGGCGGUUCCGUGGCUUUCUGUUACAUCCACAGGACUCACAAUCGGGUGACAGGGUUCAUACAUUACUACAGCAGAGAGGAUUCUGCGCAUGCUGUGCGCGAAUUGAAUGGCAGGAAGCUGUUAGGCCGAGUUGUCAAGGUGUUUCCUUACGACCGGCCGUCGAGGUUGGAGACUCGACCACGUAAUGCAAGAUCCCGUUCGCCUCGGCGUCGCUAUUCUCAAGAAGAAGCCGUUGGCUACGGCAAACAUGUUCGCGAUGACCGCCUUAAUCGGCUAGCAGAUGAUCCUGCAGGCCGCGCGGCUAGCCGCAGUGACUACUCAGACAUAGGGUAUGGUCGACGCGGUCGUACAACCCAAGAUACCAUCCCCAAGUUCAACUUAGAGGAAGGCGAAUAUGACGAGCGCUCAAGCCAUCCAUGGACGGAGCCGAACGAGUCCACGGCUUCCCUGCUGUACGACAUUCCCUGA